AUGACGGAGGAACAGCAGGCGCAGGAAGAUGCCGAUGCAGUUGAGCAGGCCGAGGGAGGAAUCAUCGCUGAUCAUGAGUCAGUGACCGAUGGGGGAUACGAAUCCGAUACGGUGUCGAGUGCUUCGACCUCGAUAUCAUCCAGUGUGAGAGACUUUUCAUUCGAAAAUGGCAGGCGCUACCACAAAUUCAGGGAAGGUCGCUAUAACUUCCCCAAUGACGAUAGCGAGCAGGAAAGGGAAGACAUGAAGCACAAAAUGCUCACCAUGCUGUGUCAGCAACUCCACUUUGCUCCCAUCGGAGACAGCCCGCACGAGAUCUUGGACAUAGGCACGGGAACAGGGGCGUGGGCCAUAGAAAUGGGUGAUGAAUUCCCAAGCGCCAAUAUCCUGGGCAUCGAUCUGUCCCCAAUCCAACCUGACUGGGUGCCACCAAAUGUACGCUUCAUGGUCGACGACGUGGAAAGCCCUUGGUUGCAUCCUCGGAAUCACUUCGACUAUAUCCACUCCAGACACACAGUCAUGGCAAUCAGAGACUGGGAAGCGCUGUUAAGGAGAUCCUACGAACACCUCAAGCCAGGCGGGUGGGUGGAACUCCAAGAGAUCUACCACUUCCCCAUGAGCGAAAACGACACAAUGGGCGCCGACCACCCCGUGUACGAAUACUGGAAGCACAUCGGCGACGGCCUCGCCGCCCUGGGCGUCCACUUUGAGUUUUCCGGCCACGGGCAGAUUGCCGACCUGAUGCGGCGGUGCGGAUACAUCAACGUAACGGAGCGUGUCUUUCACGUCCCCAUCGGCACGUGGCCCAAGAACCGGAAGCUCAAGAGUGUUGGUUUGUAUUGGAAGACGAUUUUAUUGGAUGGCGUGCAAGCCAUCGCUUUGGGACCCAUGAUGAGGGGGUUGAGGUGGCCUCGGGAACGGGUCGAGAUAUUUCUCGUGGCUGUGAGGAGGGCGUAUCAUGAUAAUUCUUGUUUGAUGUACAUGCCUCUGGUCUGUGUUUAUGGCCAGAAGCCACACCGGAAUCUUGUGCAUGAGAAUGGAGGAAUGAAUUAG